GAGAGACUUGUCAAGAAUUUGGAGAACCAGAGUUGCUCCACGGAGGUCAUGGCGCAGUUUGCGUUGCUGUGGCAGAAGGUCGAGAAGCUUGAAGAGCAGGCAGAGAAAGAACGCUCAGAGAAGGAGCAGCUCAGGCGCGCCAACGCGAUGCUGCAACACC